AUGGCCACUGUUUUCGUUGGCUAUAUAUUCGCCGUGAUCCUCACCCUGAUCCUGACUCUUUUCUCUUCUCUUCUCUCCCCAAGUCCUCCCAAAGCGACAAAUCCCGACAAAUCUCAACAAAUCUCGACAAUGGUGAACUGGGGGGCGAUGCGUGCGGUGGCGUGGGUUGUUGCCGCCGGUGUGGUGGUGGUGGCGUUGGCGGUCUACUGCCCGAUGCAGGUGCAGCUGUAUCGCUGGGCCCGUAGGGACCAGCAGGACCAGCUGCAGCAGACGGCGGCUGACCCUCAACAGACGAUAACUGGCAAGAUUGGUGGAUGUACUCCGUACUCCUUAAUACUUUGUGGUGGCGGCCAUUUCCCCGACACUAUGUGCACGCGUGCUGAACCCGCCGCCCUUUAUAAAGCCAUUGCCCCGGCGGCUCCGCGGAAGAGUAACGGCUGUAAACAGGUUACUGAAGUCUGGCGUCCGCAAGUUUUCGUGUUGCAGGAGCUGGAGAUCGCGCAGAGACCGGGAGUUGAUUGGGUUUUUGUUGUGCCAAUCGUGAACAGCUUCGCACAUUCCAAAGUUCCGGCUCACAAAGAGAAAAGCUACCAGGCCCCCGCGAUUGAAAUUCACCUUUGUUUUGCAUCUCUUGCAUUUGUGCCGAUCGUAGUUGCCUUUGAAAAAGAGCUGUGUAACCGCUUCAUCCCCCGUGGUCAUAUGUGGGCACAACGGGAUAUUCAGACUCUUGCAUAUAUUGGCAAAAUCGCGGCUCGAAGAUAG